AUGGGUAUGACUGUCUUCUUCUCCACCCAUAAUGGUUACAUAUUGAACCAGACUACUUCUUACAAAGGUCCCCUUGUAGCCGAUGUUAUCGUUGAUGCAGCUUCACGGGUUUUCAAAUCAUUGAAACCGGAUGAUAUUCUCGAGAUCAGGUGUUGGAGCGAGGAUAAACUUGUAAGGAUCAACCCGUCGGACCAAAUUUUGUACUUGGCGGUGCAGAACAUCUACGCCAUCGAAGUUUUAAUCGAACGGAAAGAAGUAUGUUUUGAAAUUUUUUUGUUAAGGGCGAUUAUUGCAUAGUUUAGGAGGUGAAGGUCUUACUUCUCACACCAAGUUUUGACGUGCAUCGCCGUUUUACUUACAAGUCAAAAUCUCCAAAAGAUUUGAUCAAAAAAUUUAUUUCAUCUAACAUCAGCCCGGAAAUGAUAUUGGAGUUUGUGAGGGUGGAUUCAGACGAGAUGAGAGACCUGGAUUGGGAAGACUGCAACGAAUUGGAAGACACGACCGUUUUAUGUGUGGUUGCACCUGAUGCAGGUUUUAUUCCUUAAAUUUACACUGAUAUCUAUUAUUUUCAGAUAGAGUUGUCGUUAUAUAAGAGUGAUAAUAUUCCUUUGGAGGCUCUAAGAGAUCAUCGGAUUCCGGAACAGGUGCCAGGCAAGGCUACUUUAAUUAAGAAUUUGAAUAGUAUCGAUCAGUUACCCGAGGAGGACUCCGAAUCUUUUUUUACCACAUUCUUUGCGCCUUUUUCAUUGUUUAAACCAAAGUAAGUCAAUUUUUACUUAACUUUGCGUAUUAUUUAAGGGAUUGCUUGACACGAGGACAAAUAAUAAAUUAUUUGGAUUGGCUUACAAGAACAUGUAAUGUAUGUUUUCUGGCUAUUAGCUAAUUUUCCGGAGACAAAUGUGUUUGAUUUUAUAUCUACAUGAACUUCCAGAGUUUUUAAAUAUACGUCCUAUUUUUGACUUAUUAUUUUAGGCGGAAUGGACUUUGCACUUGGAGGAUGACAAACUAGAUUAUAUUGUAGAAAAGGUGGCCCAGAUGAAGAAGAAGGAAGACCAAAAACGUCGUGCUAAGCUGAUAGAAUAUUACCAUUUAUCUUUCCCCAAGUACAUGUUAAAACAUUUGGCCAAGGCGAUACAAACUGUUGAUUGUAUUGUUCACCUCCGACUACCCAAUUAUGUCGAACGAAUGGUGAUGGUUCCGGUUGUGGAAGUCGUGGAUGUCGGGGAUUUAAUUCAAAUUGUUCUCAAAAAAGAAGCGUAUGAUAUCGAACAUAUGACGGAUUUUUGUUACUUUGAUGGAGAUAAUUUGGUUGCGAUAGAUGAUGUUGACAGUCUUGUGCAUCCUGAACUACAAUACUUCAUGAGUUUAAAGGUAAGCGUGUUCUGAAGAAAUUGGAUUUUGUAGAAAACUGGCAGUAAAUGCAUUUUGAUUGAUGAGAAUUGCGAAUAUUUGUCUGAAUUCAACUUCGAUGAUACUGAUUCUAAUGCCGGAAGAAUCACGAAGAUCCUUGAAAAAGAAUACGAAUUGAGUUGGAAGGAUAUUCAUGGCCUUUUCUACGUUCAGAAUGGACAGUUUACCAAAUUGGAACCAUUGGAUUCAGUGGAGACACUCACGGAGAUAUUUGCUCACGUCCAUACCGGAUCGGUAAGAUAGUUUUAAGAGUCUUGUAACGGACAGAACGUACAGAAUGCCGUGCGGAGGAAGUAAAAAUUAUUGAAAUUUAGGAUGGACGUCCCAAAAGAGAAUGGUCCGUUAUGCCCGCGCAACUGAAGAUGACUAAAACGGAGAUAUUAUCCGUUGUCAAAGAUCCCAAAACAUUCAUGAACCGUAUCUCAAAAAACAAAGAAGUCGAUGAAAAUGAUCUCCUGAACAUAGCCAUGCAUGUUUGUCAGAAAACAUUCGAUUCCUGCAGGAGAGAUGUGUUUGAUUCUGAAUGGGAAUCUGUCUACAAAUAUAAUUUCAAGUUCUCCGAGCCUUUAUUUGUAGGUUUGCACGGUGUUUGAAAAAAUUAAUACGAUUUUAGAAUCGUCUAUCAACAACUCCGCAGUUCGUGAUCAAUGGAAUCAAGGCUGAUUACUUUACUUUUGCCUGGAAUAUCGUUUACAGAGAUUCUUAUUUGAAGAGGCUGAAGAAGAUCAACGAAUUGAGUACCAAUAAGAUUGAUAUUCCGGAAUUCGAUCCAGUAAAAGUUUAUUUUGGUUCCCAUUGGGGGCCUACAAUCGAGAAGCAAUCAAAGACCGAGGAAGUUGUUGUAAGUCCUUUCAGAGAAAGUAUUUUCGUUUUACUUUGGUAGUGGUUUGUUUGCAGUGUUGUUAUGUAAUUGAUGAGAAGUUGAAAUGGAUCGAUAAUUUCAUAACUUUCAAAGGCAAAAGAGUGGAUGAUCUCUUGAAAGAAGUCUAUUCGAGGAAAGGUAUCACGGAAAGAGAAUUUAUUUGGUGCGGGACAAGUGAUGGAAAGGAGAAGAAGGGCAUUGAUACAGCCUUAGGAGAUGAUAAUAUUUUUGUGCAGGUCAAAGGCUGUUGUGUAAGUGCCUUAGGGGAGAGAAUUCAUUCAUAGGUUCCUGAUGAUUUUAACCCUUCUGAUGUCUUACGACAUAUUCCCUUCAUCGGCAUCGACAAACUUAUAAAGAGGAAUGAUUAUGAAGGGAUUCUUGGACGGAUUGAAGGGAAUAAUGUUUUGCCACAAGACUACACAUACAUCUUGGAGGCUAUUGUUUUCUUUCUCCAUGAUAACAAUCCGUUGUAAGUUUACUUGAAUUGGUUUACAGACCUUUAGCCGAACGCCCGUGAAAUCUGAAGUAAAGAAGUACAUUGACAAAUUAACUGAAGAGUGCCCCGUACUCAAGGAAGUAAUCAUUUUAUCACUUUUCUUUUAUUUUUAUUUAGGAUGAGUUUUAUGAAAGAAAUGGUUAUGGAAUGCCAUUACUGGAUGCCGAGUUGAAGGAGUUCCCUGCAAAAUACAAAAACAGAAGAGUUGUUGCAAUGCAAAAUAUUGAGAAUGAGCGGGCCAUCAGUUUGUGCAGUCCUAUUGCGUCUCCGAAUAAGACAUUCGAGGUAGUCUACCUGGACGAGACUCCAAAAGGAGAAGAAAAGACGUCAGCGGGCAUAGUUAGCAAGCCUUACGACCGCACACUGGAUUCGGAUGAGUAAGUGUUUGGAAUGAUUGUAGAAUUUUUUUUGUGUUCAAUUUAGCCUAAAUGUUUCUUGCAGAGAUAAAGAGAAUCAGUUCGUCGAUCGAAUAAUAGAAAUCAAUUGA